UUAUUAAUAUUCGCCAAAGGAUGUGUAAUAGAAAGAAAAUAUAUAAAUGCCAGAAAUGUGGGAAAAGUUUGAGGCAGAGAGCGCACCUUACAUCCCAUCGAAGAAUUCACACAGGGGAGAAACCACACAAAUGUCAGGACUGUGCGAAAAGCUUCAGUCGGAGUGACAGUCUUACUUCCCAUCAAAGAAUUCACACAGGGGAGAAACCACACAAAUGUCAGGACUGUGCGAAAAGCUUCAGUCGGAGUGACAGUCUUACUUCCCAUCAAAGAAUUCACACAGGGGAGAAACCACACAAAUGUCAGGACUGUGCGAAAAGCUUCAGUCGGAGUGACAGUCUUACUUCCCAUCAAAGAAUUCACACAGGGGAGAAACCAGACAAAUGCCUAGAUUGUGGCAAAAGUUUCAGUCAGAGUAACACUGUUAUCUCCCAUCAAAGUAUUCACACAGGGGAGAAACCAUACAAAUGCCUGGAGUGUGGGAAAAGAUUCAGUCGGAGUGACAGUCUUCCUUCCCAUCAAAGAAUUCACACAGGGGAAAAACCAUACAAAUGCCUGGUGUGUGGGGAAAGCUUCGGUCAGAGUGGACACCUUGCUUCCCAUCGAAGAAUUCAUACUGGGGAGAAACCAUACACAUGCCUCGAGUGUGAGAAACGCUUCCGUCACAGUUCUCGUCUUAUUUCCCAUCAAACAACACACACAAGAGAACCAUACAAAUGUCUGGAGUGUGGCAAAAGCUUCAGUCGGAGUGACAGUCUUACUUCCCAUCAAAGAAUCCACUCAGGGGAGAAGCCAUACAAAUGCCUGGAGUGUGGGGAAAGCUUCCGUCAAAGUGGACACCUUGCUUCCCAUCGGAGAAUUCACUCAGGGGAGAAACCAUACAAAUGCCUGGAGUGUGGGGAAAGCUUCCGUCAAAGUGGACACCUUGCUUCCCAUCGGAGAAUUCACUCAGGGGAGAAACCAUACAAAUGCCUGGAGUGUGGGGAAAGCUUCCGUCAAAGUGGACACCUUGCUUCCCAUCGGAGAAUUCACUCAGGGGAGAAACCAUACAAAUGCCUGGAGUGUGGGAAAAGAUUCAGUCGGAGUGACAGUCUUCCUUCCCAUCAAAGAAUUCACACAGGGGAAAAACCAUACAAAUGCCUGGUGUGUGGGGAAAGCUUCGGUCAGAGUGGACACCUUGCUUCCCAUCGAAGAAUUCAUACUGGGGAGAAACCAUACACAUGCCUCGAGUGUGAGAAACGCUUCCGUCACAGUUCUCGUCUUAUUUCCCAUCAAACAACACACACAAGAGAACCAUACAAAUGUCUGGAGUGUGGCAAAAGCUUCAGUCGGAGUGACAGUCUUACUUCCCAUCAAAGAAUCCACUCAGGGGAGAAGCCAUACAAAUGCCUGGAGUGUGGGGAAAGCUUCCGUCAAAGUGGACACCUUGCUUCCCAUCGGAGAAUUCACUCAGGGGAGAAACCAUACAAAUGCCUGGAGUGUGGGGAAAGCUUCCGUCAAAGAGGACACCUUGCUUCCCAUCAAAGAAUUCACACGGGGGAGAAUCCAUACUAAUGCCUAGAUUGUGGCAAAAGCUUCAGUCAGAGUAACACUGUUAUCUCCCAUCAAAGUAUUCACACAGGGGAGAAACCAUACAAAUGCCUGGAGUGUGGGAAAAGCUUCAGUCGGAUUGACACCCUUAUCUUCUACCGAAGAACUCACACAGGGGAGAGACCAUUCAAAUGCCUGCAGUGUGGGAAAAGUUUUGGAAGAACAUAUUACCUCAUCUACCAUCAAAGAAUUCACACAGGGGAGAAACCAAACAAAUGCCUGCAGUGUGGGGAAAGGUUCAGUCAGAGUAACAGUCUUACUUACCAUCAAAGAAUUCACACGGAGGAGAAACCAUACAAAUGCCUGGAGUGUGGGAAAAGCUUCUGUCAGCGUAAGAGUCUUCCUGCAAAUCAAAGAAUUCACACAGGGGAGAAACCAUACAAAUGCCUGGAUUGUGGGAAAAGCUUCAGUCAGAGUAACACUCUUAUCUCCCAUCAAAGUAUUCACACAGGGGAGAAACCAUACAAAUGCCUGGAGUAUGGGAAAAGCUUCAGUCGGAUUGACACCCUUAUCUUCCACCGAAGAACUCACACAGGGGAGAGACCAUACAAAUGCCUGCAGUGUGGGAAAAGUUUUGGAAGAACAUAUUACCUCAUCUACCAUCGAAGAAUUCACACAGGGGAAAAACCAUACAAAUGCCUGGACUGUGGGAAAAGCUUCAAUCAGUGUAAAAGUCUUAAUUCCCAUCAAAGAAUUCACACAGGGGAGAAACCAUACAAAUGCCUGGAGUGUGGGAAAAGCUUCAGUCACAGUAACAGUCUUACUUCCCAUCGAAGAAUUCACAAAGGGGAAAAACCAUACAAAUACCUGGAUUGUGGGGAAAGCUUCGUCGGAGGGGAGAGUCUUACUUCCCAUCAAAGAAAUCACACAGGGGAGAAACCAUACAAAUUCCUGGAAUGUCGGAAAAGCUUCAGUCAUAGUAAGAGACUUGCUUUCCAUCAAAGAAUUCAUACAGGGGAGAAACCAUACAAAUGCCUGGAGUGUGGGAAAAGCUUCUGUCAAAGUGGACACUUUGCUUCCCCCUGCACACUUUAACGGCCAUUAAAAAGUUCACAGAGAAACCAUACAAAGGUAUGGAGUGUGGGAUAAUCUGUGCUCACAGUAACGUUCUUACUUCCCAUAGAAGAAGCCACACGGGAGAAAC